AUGUCCUACCCACCAAACAACCCUGAAGUCGCGAGUCGCGCACCGCAACAUGGCAUACGCAUCGCCAACUCAUCCAUCGCGGUCACUGAGCCAUCUGCCAAGCACACCCUAUCGACUGGGACAUCGGCGAGCGCUCUUACGGUGAACUGCGCAACUUCGGGCUGCACUAACACCGUCAUUGUCGUGCUUUUUGGACAACAUCACGAUCGCAUACAUGUCAAGGUCGACUGCAAGGAGUGUCAUCUACCAGUCUUCGUGGUGGAAGAGAAGGAGCAGGAGAGAGUGGAUGAAGGUUGGGCUGAGACUGCAGAUGAGGUCGAGGAGUGGGAGCAAGCCCAGGAGGGAGAUGGAUUUAGGGGGUGGUAG